CUCAAAAUCAUGGUUUACUUCUCGGCGUCUUGAUCAUUCACGAGAAUGUCUCACUCUUAGACACAUAAAUCGGGCAGUCAGUCUGAUUGCAUCCAUCCCAUGCACCGACCGGCGAGCCAGUCGGACCACUGCCCCUUGUUGUCACUGUCCAUGACGUCAUGUCACCCCUGCCAUGGGCGUGAUCUUGACCAGCUCAACGUCGUAUAUCAACGUCGCAUCGGGGGGAAUCGCUGAUUGCAUCAUGGAUGGAUGGAUGGACCGACAAAGACACAUACACAAGACAAUCAUGAGCUGCUCUAUUGCUUGCUUACCUUUCUCUGGGAGUCCCUCACUGCCGAAUGCGGCUGAGGGCGGGAUGGUGAUCCUCCGCUUCUCGCCCUCACACAUAGAGUAAAGGCCACUUUGGAACUUGCGGAUGAGUUUGCGGGGCGGCUUGUCGCCCAGCAGCAGAUAGAUGGACGACCCCGCCCCCUUUCCCGGCACCGACCUGCCGUCCAGUCGGCUGCUGUCGAUCAGUUUGCCGUCCUCAAGACGUCCCACGUAUCGCAGCUCCAGCAGGUCGCCCCGCUUCGCCUUCAAGCUGCACACCUGUUGACAGACAAACAGACAGACAUGUGGUUGAGAAUCACCUCUGCCAGUCGGUGCUGUGUUGCUUGCCUCAGGUAUUUUCCUCCUGUCGAUAAUGACCUGUCCCUCUCUCUUGGCCUUGUCGAUAGUGUCCGCCACCCCCUGGCUGACCGCAUCCCUCUCGCCCCUCCCACCCCCUUCGCCGCGGAAAGCCAGCCUCAGUGUGCCCUCUCCCUCCUUCUCGCCCAUCUCCCGCCGCAUCCGUAUCAGCGAUUUGACGUCACUGAGCCUCAAGCCCUGCACCGACUGACCGUUGACCGAUUCCAGCAGCAGGCCUGGCCUGAUGUCGGGGUUGUUGGCGGCCUCGCUGCCCGCAACCAGCUGCUUGACUUUGAUGCCCUCGGCCGUCUCUUCAAGCUCAAUGCCCAGCGGGCCAGCCGAGGGUGCCUCGAUCUCGAUGCGUGUGAACGGAGGGCGGGAGGGGGAGGGGGGAGCGUUGCUGUCACGGGCGGCACAGGGGGCGGGGGAGGCCGAAAGGGGCAAGAGGGUAGCUGACAGAGCACCGGCGAUGAGUCGUUGGUGCUGCCGCCUUGACAGAUCUUCAUGGCUGUCGUGCUGUUGUUGUCCUGAUGGAUGCCCUCUAUCGCCCCGAGCAGCCUCGCAGCCUACUACCACCUGACGCCGUCCUCUCCUUUGCACUGCCGGCCUUCGACAAAGAAGUGAAGGCAAUAAGGAGCGCUCUGCAGGGAUAAAGGCUGCCAUGUCGUCGUGAACAGGGCCUGAGCGCCUCAGCAACACUCCGGCAGACCCAUUCCUUCCCUCCGAAAACGAGAUGAAGAGGCAGAUCUUUGUGAAGGUGGAUACGGCUGAGAAGCGACUCAUCGAGGCAGGCCCGCGAUGAAUUCCAAGCCUCCUGGGGAAGAGUCC